AUGGAUCCAAACUUGAACGCAUUUGAUUUCGGCGACACUCAACGUGGACCUUCAACACAGAUUCCGAUCUCAGGACAAAAUAUGAAUCGGCCUAGUGGACCAGCCUCGAGCAGCGUAGAACCUUCAUACAAGUCCAAGAGGCCUCCACCCAUUAACAGCGACCGCCAGGCAUCACCUCUAUCGCAAAACAAUAGCCCUGCCCUCCCACAACCUCCACCUUCUGCUGGAGUCUUUUCCAAGAGCUUGGGAAGAUUAUUCGGUAGGCGUCGAUCACAGUCAGCCACUUCACGUCGGGAGGUUGUGCGACAGGCACUAAGUGAUGAACCGGAGGAUUAUGGGAACCAAAAUGCCGAACGUCCAGCCCUGAGCACGAACAGCGAGAGCUCCCUCGUCACCGCGGAGCCUUCCCCGACAACAGUUCCUUCUCCCUUGAGAUCACCUGAACCAGCAUCAAGUAUUGAAGAGGCACUCAGACAGCUUUCAGGGCACGAAGAAUCGCUGGAGACGCUCAACACACACGCCCCCGGUUCUCUGGCGACGCCAGUGGUUAUGAUCGAGGCUGUCGAAGAAGUUGCACCUAGCCCACCGCCAGCUAUUUCGCCAGCCGUAGUUGAUCCAACACCGCUGCCAGUCAUUGUCGAGACAGUGGCUGAAGAGAGAGCUCUAGAGCCGGCUGAAGUACGAAGAGCGUCGAUUGACUCUGCAUCUUCGUAUGGAUCAGUCGGGUUUUCCGAACAUUCUUCAAGUUCUCGUUCGAGUUCGCCUCAUGCCGAUGCUCCUGUCAACAGCUCCUUCGAGGCAUCCUACUCAAGCUUGCUCAAACCCACCGAGGCGGAUUUUCCAGCGCCUUUGAGGCCGAGGCUGCCUGCAGGACCUGUAUCAGGACUAGCACCAGAAUCGGCGUCAACGCCGUCUCUGGAAGCUGAACCUGUAAGAAAGGGGCGGUCUUCAUUCAUUGAAGAUACCGAAAGUGUUCAGAAUGACGUUCCCACUUCCUCUGUUACACCGACCAGCGAUAAGCAUGAGUCUCUUUUCAAUGUCUCUGAACCUGAGCCGACAUCGGCUUCGGGAAGCAGAAGUAAAAGCAAAGGUACAGCACCUAACAAGGGGAUCUGUCGCGGAUGCUCCGACAUCAUUCACGCAACACAAAAAUCCGUGUCGAGCGCCGAUGGUCGGUUGAGUGGAAGGUACCACAAGGAAUGUUUUGUGUGCUGGACGUGCAAAUCAGCGUUUCCGACGGCAGAGUUUUACGUGCACUCGGACCAUCCGUACUGCGCACAUCAUUACCACGAAUUGGAGAACUCUCUGUGUGCAACAUGCGGCAAAGGUAUUGAAGGCCUGUACAUGGAGACACACAAUGUGGCGGGCCGCGGAAAGGAAAAACACCACCCGGAAUGUCUCAAAUGUACGACGUGCAAGGUGAGGCUCGACCACGACUACUUUGAACUCUCAGGAAAGGUGUACUGUGAGAGGGACGCGUUCCGGCUAGCAACGCUGCCCAAACCGCACGACAACGCGCCUACUCGCCGCAGUCCCUUGAUUCGAGAGUACAUCAGCAGCGGAGAUCCAGGACUGAUCAAGGGCCGCAAUUUCCCUGAGAGAAGAAUCACUAGACUAAUGAACACGACCUGA